AUGAAAAAGAUUCCGGUCGAGAAUACAGUCAUCACAGUGGUCGUUUUUCUCGACGACGUGGGUCAAGAGAACGCCGUCGCGAGUGUUCUCGUGAUCGCAGUCCCAUCUCAACCAUUCCUCCCAGGCAGACCUCGAAUGCCCCGGAAUCAUCCUCACGUUCGAAACGAAAGACAGCAACUAAUGAUUCAAAAGGACGUGGAGGAGGAGGAGGAGAUGGAAAGUGGUCCUAUCGAAAGAGUCAUCGCAGUAGUCAUCAUGGUCGAUCACCUGCACCACGAAGCGGUUUCGACUGCAGUUGUUGAUAUUAGUGUGAAGCAGCGUCGAUCUUUCCUCGGUGUCUUCCAAAUGUUUCCACUCAGUCAACACUUCAACGUUGUCACGGUCCUCUUCAGGACCAUUCCAAUUCAAAUUGUUUCUUCCCUUUCCAUCCCUUCACCACUCUGCCCCACUCUGCACCACUCUGCACCACUCUGCACUGUGUCUCAGUGCUCGGUACUGCCACUUUUGAUGGUGAUCAAUGUGGCACAAGUUGACACCUGUCAUCUCCACAUGUGCAGUGGAACUAGUGCAUUCGAAGGUGGCAAAUGAUAUGAUGGUGGUGGUGGUGGUGAUGGUGAUGGUGAUGAUGAAGACAAACCUUGGAAAAAGCCAGGUGCUCAUAUGACUGGGGACACCUGGAAUGAAUAUGGUGGGAAGCAGAGGACUCUUCGUCAAGAGGAUGCGAAUUCCGCCCCCAUACCAGUUGUGAUUGGAGGUGCAGUGGGUCUUAAUCUAUCAGGUGGCAACUAUCGUGGACCCAGAGCUAACGGUGCUCUUAGCCGGCAUGUCGAAGAUAUUACAACUGGUAAUCUGGCCCGUUCGUCAUGUAUGAGUGAAAAUGUUGCCGAGAAGAGUAGAAAUAGUCAUCUUGGUUCGGCACAAGCACAACCACUUAUGUUCCCUCCUGCUACUGCGUUUCCUCCCACGAAUGGUGGCCAUUUUCUAUCUCCAUUCACCAACCCUCUCUGUUUUCCCCCAACUGGUUUCGUUGUUUCAUCCCUUCCUCCACCUCCACUUGGCUCUACUUUCCAGCCAAAACAGCUUCCUGGUUUCCCCAGUCUAGGCAAUGAGUCAUUUGUGGAGGACCAGGAGCAAGAAAUCCAUAUCAUACUUCUCCCUAUACCAUGUUUCCAGAGGACGAUUUCGGGAGUCGUCGCUCGAGUCGCUCGAGUCACUCGAGUCGCCGAAGUCGCCGAAGCCACCGAAGCCACCGAAGUCGCUCUCCUCACAGCAGGGAUUAUCAUCGUGGCUGUCAUAGCAGACGUCCCAUCUCAACCAUUCCUCCCAGGCAGACCUCGAAUGCCCCGGAAUCAUCCUCACGUUCGAAACGAAAGACAGCAACUAAUGAUUCAAAAGGACGUGGAGGAGGAGGAGGAGAUGGAAAGUGGUCCUAUCGAAAGAGUCAUCGCAGUAGUCAUCAUGGUCGAUCACCUGCACCACGAAGCGGUUUCGACUGCAGUUGUUGAUAUUAGUGUGAAGCAGCGUCGAUCUUUCCUCGGUGUCUUCCAAAUGUUUCCACUCAGUCAACACUUCAACGUUGUCACGGUCCUCUUCAGGACCAUUCCAAUUCAAAUUGUUUCUUCCCUUUCCAUCCCUUCACCACUCUGCCCCACUCUGCACCACUCUGCACCACUCUGCACUGUGUCUCAGUGCUCGGUACUGCCACUUUUGAUGGUGAUCAAUGUGGCACAAGUUGACACCUGUCAUCUCCACAUGUGCAGUGGAACUAGUGCAUUCGAAGGUGGCAAAUGGUAUGCAGGAUUUUCUGGAUUUGGAUCUUCUUGUCUUGUGACCUCCCUCCAGCAUUCCAUUGAUGGAUGUAUAGAAGUUGUAAUUCGCAAGACAAGGGCGAUUUCCUUUCAGACUAAUCAUUAUAGUUUAAAAUCAACUGCAAGUUAUGGACUUUUCUACAACAUAAGAGUCUACGUUGUCCAUGGACCACCACGUGGAGGUACCCGGAAUCCUUCAAUGCUUAUCAGCACAUUAGUGUACACCCCUCGUCCGAUCCCUCCCCCAAAUCUUUAUUUAAACCCCAACUCUAAUGGGGAGACUGCAGAUACUUUGUACACCGAGGGCGAUAAUGAAGAACAAAGAGGAUGA